AUGGAGCGAGGGGAGAGCUUUAACGAUUCGGGGCCGCUGGCCGGAAUCCACCUGCCCCCCAAUUCCUCGGGCAACCUGACGGACCUGCCGAUGCCGUUCCACGGGAGCAGCAUGGUGCUGACGGCGGCCGUGUCCCUCACGGUGUUCAUCGUGGGGGUCGUGGGGAACACCCUCGCCAUCUACGUGGUCCUCCGCUACGUCAAGAUGAAGACCGUCACCAACAUCUACAUCUUCAACCUGGCGGUGGCGGACGAGCUGUACAUCCUGGGGUUGCCCUUCCUGAGCACCCAGAACGUGCUCUCGUACUGGCCGUUCGGCUCCUUCCUGUGCCGCGUGGUCAUGACCACCGACGCCCUCAACCAGUUCAUGAGCAUCUUCUGCCUCACCGUGAUGAGCAUCGAUCGCUACCUGGCCGUGGUGCACCCCAUCCGGUCCAGCCGGUGGCGCAAGCCGCGCGUGGCCAAGGCGGUCAGCGCGGCCCUGUGGGCGACGUCGUUCGUGGUGGUGCUGCCCGUGGUGAUCUUCUCGGACGUCCAGGACCAGUUCCAGUCGUGCAACCUGAUCUGGCCCGAGCCGCGCAGCCUGUGGUCGGCGACGUUCAUCCUGUACACGUCCGUCCUGGGCUUCUUCGCGCCGCUGCCGGUCAUCUGCGCCUGCUACAUGCUGAUCGUGGUGCGGGUCAAGGCGUCCAGCGCCCGCGCCGGCCUGGGGAGGAGGCGGCGCUCCGAGCGGAGGGUCACCAGGAUGGUGGUGGUGAUCGUGGUGGCGUUCGUGAUCUGCUGGCUCCCCUUCUACAUGCUCAACAUGGUCAACCUGGUGGUCAUCCUGCCCGAGAACAGCGUCAUCGUGGGCGUGUACUUCUCCGCCGUCAUCAUGACGUACGCCAACAGCUGCGCCAACCCGGUGCUCUACGGCUUCCUGGGCGACAACUUCAGGCAGAGCUUCCGCAAGGUGCUGUGCGUGCGCAGGGCCAACGGGGUGGAGGACAUGGAGCCGCGGAGCGACAAGAGCACCGACGGGGUCCCGCCGGCCAGGAGCAGCCACGCCAACGGGCACGCGCCCAACAGACAGGACGUGCAGCUGCUGCCUCGCUCGGGUCCGGCGCAGGAGGUCCAGCCGGCCACGCCCAAAGUCACCGACCAGUCGACAUGCUAAACCUCCUCUCUCUUCACCUCAUCACCUCUCCGUCAUCACUUUCUGAUCAGGGCGUGGCCACGAACCCUGACUCCGCCCAUCGCAACGAUGCCCUUUGGAGCCUACAUCACAGCUGAGGAUUCUGGGUAAUUAAAGGACACGUGUCAGCACGACGUGAGCCUGCGGACCGAAUCGAACCGAGGCGCCAGUUUUGGACGGCCGCUCCUGUAUAUAUUUGGGCGUCGCCACAGCGGCUCUGGUCCUGCACAGUUGCUAAGCAACCCUUCCUGUAUCCGGGCUUGGGACCUGCACUUAGAGCGAGCGCACUGACAAGACAAGUUCCGGCCACACCCCUUUCACUGGAUGCUGGCCGAUAGCACCGCUGAGAUUUGAACCCUGAACUUUGGAUCCCCAGAGCGUACUUUAUCAUCCUGCUUCUAUCCGGGCUUGGGACCUGCACUGAGAGCGAGCGCACUGACGAGACAAGUGCGCCUCCCAACAGCGCCCUUUUCGACACCUGACCGGCCGAUAGCACCACUGAGAUUCGAACCCUGAACUCUGGAUCCCCAGAUCUUAGCAGCUGUGGGCGAGCAACCUUCCUGCUACUAUCCGGGCAUGGGACCUGCACUGAGAGCGAGCGCACUGACAAGACAAGCUCCGGCCACACCCCUUUCCUCGAACGUUAGCCAAUCAUGACCAUUGAGACUCGAACCCUGAACUCUGGAUCCAUAGAUCUCAGCAGCUAGCUGUGGGAUAGCGUACUUCAACCUCCUGCUUGUAUCUGGGCUUGGGACCUGCACUUAGAGCGCACUGAGCAACAGCGCCCUUUCGGACAGUAGCCCGACCGUCUCGUUUCUGCUCGGUGCUCCCACGGUGUCUCUGACCUACAAAGAGACCCGACGUGGUCAAAUAAACAUGGACGCGUGUAAUAAAGUGACUCUUUACCUUAUAAACUCUAAGACUGAGAGCACUUAUUAAACCGAGACUUUGAUCUUCUUGUCUGUUUAAACGUCUCUGUAUAAACGCGCUGUGUGGCCGAAAGUAUUGGGACGCCCGGCCGUGAGCUCGCCGGCACUCUUCGUUCCGGAGCCGCUCUGUGGGGUUGAGGUCAGGGCUCUGUGCAGGACGCUGGAGUACGAUCAUGCACAUGAAUCCAGUUAAUAGAAAGAAGGGGCGUCCCAAUACUUUUGAUCAUUCGCUUGCACCUGUAGAAAUUAUGUAAAAAUUUCGAGACAGAUGAUCAAAAAUGACGGUGUAAAGCCAAAGCCUUGGAAAAAGGGACAAGGGGGCGGGGCGGUGACUCGGCGCAAGAAGGUCCUGGGUUCGGUUCCCUUUCUGUGUGGUUUGUAUGUUCUGUGUGGGUUUUCUCCACAGUACAGUGUUUCCUACCUUUGCACCCACCGUGACCCUGACCAGGACAUAGCGGUGGUAAAACAGACGAUGAAUAAAUGACACGACGUUUUCUGCUAUUAAAAACAACCAACACGA